GGACUGGUCGUUUUUACUGCAAAAACCCACAUCGGGAGGAGCGGUCGGAGCGUUUCUGAGCACCAGGCCCGGCCGAUGUUUGGGAAGCCUCAGUGUGCAAGAUGGACUGGCUGCUGACUUCAAAGUAUUAACAAAGACCCUCUAUGAUUUGAGUAAAGCUCUGGGAAGUAAUGUUGUUCGUGGGAGUCCCCUGAAAGAACUGGUGAUAGAAAACUUUGAUGAAGAACAGAUUUGGCAACAACUGGAGCUCCAAAACAAUGCAGUUCUUGAUUUCUUCAAGAAAUCUAUUGCCAGAGAUGCCAGUGAUGAGGAUCUUUGCCUUUUCUCGGACCCAGAGGAGGACAGCUCCGGUGAGGAGGCUGGCAGUGAUGGAGAGCUGGAAGAAGACCUAAUGGAAGUAGAAACCAAAGAGGAUGCUUACACAAAAGAUAAAACUAAGGCUAAAGAAAAGCAAAGUAAACCCAAAGAAAGCAAACUGCAGAAAUAUAGUGAUGAGGAUUCUGAUAUUGACUUUGAUAUUGAAGAACUAGAGCAACAAACUAAAAUAACCAAGAAAACUACUGUGAAAAAAAUACAAAAAAGGUCUGUAGUGGAUGACAAGUUUUUCAAGCUAGCUGAGAUGGAAGCUUUUUUGGAAGAUGUAGAGAAGGAAGAUGAGGGGGAGGAGGAGGAAGAGGAAGAGGAGGAGGAAGACAUCAAUUAUUUUGAAGACAUUCUCUCAGAUGAGGAGGAGGAAGAAGAAUUGGAAAACACUGACCUUAAACCAGUUAAAAGUUCUAGAGACUUGACAUACAAAGAUUUCUUUGAUCCUGUUGAUGACGACGACGGCUCGGUAGCUAGUGCUGUUGAAAAUGGUCAAGAAGAGGAAGCRGACGAGGAAGCAGACAGCACUGCUGGAAACGAGAAUGAGGAAAGCAUGUCCGAGGCAGAGGAAGUUGAUGAGAUACUGACAGAGAAUAUGAGAAGUAAAGAAGCCUCCAAAAGAGUGACUUUUAGUUUGCCGGAUGACAGUGAAAUAGAAGAUAAUAUUGAUAUGCAGUCAGAAAAGAGUAUUGAGCUCUCUGAAAUAAAGUCAUCUUUUGAGAAGAGACAGGAAAAGAUGAGUGCAAAAAUAAGAAGUUUAGAAGAGGAAUUGUUAGAGGAGAAACCGUGGCAGCUUAAAGGAGAAGUAUCUGGACAAAAACGACCUGAAAACAGCCUUUUGGAGGAGACGUUGCUCUUUGACCAUGCAGUCCGAAUGGCUCCUGUGAUCACAGAAGAAACUACCCUCAAGCUUGAAGAUAUCAUUAAGCAACGAAUAUUGGAUCAGGCAUGGGAUGAUGUCGUACCRAAAGAAAAACCAAAAGAGGAGGCCUUUGAGUACAAGAAACGUAUCACCUUGGAUCAUGAAAAGAGUAAACUGAGUCUUGCUGAGAUCUAUGAGCAAGAAUACUUGAAACUUCACCAGCAAAAGACUGAAGAAGAAGAAAAUCCUGAACAUAAAGAAAUUCAGGAAAUGAUGGAUUCACUGUUCUUAAAAUUGGACGCUCUUUGUAAUUUCCACUUCAUACCCAAACCACCUGUGCCAGAAGUUAAAGUAGUCUCCAACCUUCCAGCUCUAAGUAUGGAGGAAGUAGCACCUGUUGCUGUUAGUGAUGCAGCUCUCUUAGCACCAGAGGAGAUCAAGGAAAAGAAUAAAGCUGGUGAUGUAAAAGCAGAUGCAGAAAAGACCCCCACAGACAAAAAACGAGAGCGGAGAAAGAAAAAGCUUCGUAAACGUAUGAAGCUGAGGGAAAAAGAGAGGCGUCAAAAGCUGCUGGAAAAGAUGAAGCCAGAGCAGGGCACAAAACUCAGCAAAAAAGCUGCUGCAGCAAAAUUAAAACAGCUUACUAAAGAAGGCAAAGCAUCUCUGCUCAAGGAUGAAGGUAAAGACAAGGCGUUGAAGUCAUCCCAGGCCUUCUUCUCCCAACUGCAAGACCAAGUUAAAAUGCAAAUCAAGGAUGCAACCCAGCAAAAGAAGAAGCAGAAGAAAGAGCACAACGUCUCUGCUCAUAAACUGAAAUUGUAAUUUAUCUUUUUUAUAGAUGCUGCAUCUUGUACAUAUUAAAGUAUUUCUAGGACCGA